AUCAAUCUCUGGAGAUACUAUUGGUUGCAACAAUGGAUCUAGGAAAAAGGCCAGGAAACCUUAUUACUGCAUCAAACAGUAAGCUUUACAUGGAUCUUAAGGAUAUCAUUAGGGAACAAGCCCUUCCAUUCCUUCCUGCUAAAUCACUGUUCAGAUUCCUGGCUGUUUGUCGAGACUGGAUGCUCCAUAUUUCAACACCAUCCUUCCACCAUAAUCAAUCACUUUGUUGCCGUGGCAUAUCAGGCCUUUUUUGUCAGACUCCUGAAAAUCCUCCUGUCUUCGUACCAAUUCAUCCAGAAUCUUGUGGUGUACCAGAUCCAUCUUUGAGUUUUCUGCCAGAGCCUGUUGUCAUUAGGGCCUCAUCAAAUGGACUGUUGUGUUGCCAAGGACUAGAUGAAGACAGGUACUACUAUUUGUGCAAUCCAGUUACAAAACAAUGGAAAAAACUUCCAAAACCUACUGCUUCUCAUGGAUCUAAGCCAGCACUUGUGGUGAUAUUUGAACCGUCACUGCUCAACUCUGUACCUGAGUACAAACUCAUUUGUGCCUUCGAAUCUACUGAUUUUGAUGAUGCAACUGAAUUUGAAAUAUACUCCUCCAAAAAUAACUCUUGGAAUGUUUCUAAGGCGAUUUGUUUUAGAGAUGAAAAAGCUGAUCUGGGAUCUGGAGUUCAUGUCAAUGGUGUUGUUUACUGGCCUGUGGAGAGUGAUCACAUUCUUUCUUUUGAUCUAACAAAGCAUAGGUCAAAAUUACUGGAUAGCUUAACUGCUGGCAUUGACUGCUUACUGGGAACGUUUGAUGCAAGGCUUUGUAAGGUUUAUAUCUUGGGGGAUGAAGUGUUUGUCAAUGUCUUCAAAGUGCUUAAUAUGCACAAAAUUACUUGGGAUGAGUCUGAGAUGUGGGAAGAUACACUGGUGCUUGAUCCUGAUAACACUUUUAUUCCUUUGGAUGAUGACUACAUUGACACCAGAGCUGUUGCUGUAAGCAGAGAUAUUCUGGUGGUUGUGUGUGAUAACGAAUUUUACUGUUAUGGUUUUGAAGACCAUAAAACUAAUACACUGAACCAGCCAGAGCCAGCUGAAUCUGAAUUUUACUAUGAGAUAUGUGUGCCCUAUGUGAAUAGCCUUGUUUCACUCUGAGCUUGCUCUCUGUUCACCUUAUGUACUUUCAUAAACUCUCAAACUCCUACUUUGAAUAAUGUUCAAUCUUGUUAAGGGAAUAAUGUGUGAUGUUUUUCUAUCAUUAGGGAUGAUUUUUUUUCUUUUAUAUUUGAAUUGUGGAAACAGU